AUGGCAGGGCAUACGGUUCGAUGUGUGGACGACAAGUCUGGCAAGCUGAUGUGUCUCAAAAGCAAUAAAGGAACAAUGGUUUGCGUGCGCCAGUUUGCAGUUUCGCCGCCAAACUGGAUCGAUGGUACGGAUUACAGUCUGUCACUCGUGAUGGACAAAACCUUCAUGGAAGGCCAUGGAUACACGUUCAGGAGCACACUUGGACAGGGCACGUUCGGCAAAGUUGUGAAAGCACACUCCACUCACCUGAGGAAACUUGUCGCCAUAAAGAUUGUCGAUACUAAGAAAGUCAACCCUGGCUACAAAGAGAAGUUUCUGUCCCGUGAGAAAGAGAUCAUUAGAUCUUUGAAACACCCCAACGUUGUCAGAACUCAUGAAAUCUUUGAAUCAAGCACAGGCUCGGUCUAUGUGGUGAUGGAGCUUUGUUUGAAAGGAGACAUCUCAAAGCUCAUCUCGGUCAGGGGGAUGCUGCCUGAAAACUUGAGCUGCAGAUUUUUCAAGCAGCUGUGCCUGGCGGUGCAGUACCUCCACGACAUGGACGUGGCUCACAGAGACCUGAAGUGCGACAACCUGCUCCUAGACAAGCAUCUGAACCUCAAGGUGUGCGACUUCGGCCUCAGCAAACGGCUGACCUACACCGACGGUCAGAUGCAGCUGAGCGAGACCUACUGCGGCACCUCAUCCUACGCGGCGCCCGAGAUCCUGAAAAACUGCCCGUACAACCCCAAAGUUUCCGACGUGUGGAGCAUGGGCGUGGUUCUGUACACCAUGCUCUACGCCUCGGCCCCCUUCAGCAGCACCAACAUCACCAAAAUGGUCAAGAUUCAAAUGGGGCACAAGAUUCACUUCCCGAGAAUUCCCUUCAUUUCCCCCGAAGCCAAAUCCCUCAUCGGCCACAUGCUGCACCCCGUCGUGGAGCAGAGGAUCAAAAUUAGCGACAUAUUGACAAGCUCGUGGAUACUGACCGUGACAAGAGUAGAACACAGCGAGGAAGCGUCCACAUCCGCGGCCGGCUCUGCGCAGGGAGGCCCUCCGGACAGAAAGGACACGGUCGAUGAGAAAGUGAGCUUAGAUGCAGAGGAAGGACCUUCAGAAUCAAAAUGA